AGCCAUAACGUUUCCUUUUUAGGAAAGCCAAAACAUAUGUUCUUUAAAGUAUUUCAAAAAAUGUAACAAAAACUGUUAGUAAACAUGAUGUUAUUUAUAGUACUGUUAUUUGUAUGUUAUCCCUUACAUAUAUAUUCAUUUGAAAUAUGCAAUGAAAACGAGACUAUUCAAUGCCGAAAGUUAAAUAACAAUCUAAGAGAUAAUUGCUAUACUGAAGUUAGUAUCAGUGCAGAAAAUUGUUGCCUUCCAAAUUUCAUAAGGAGCGAUCAUGUAAAAAUCGAUUUUGGAGAUGUUUUUCUGCAGUUAGAGCAAGAAACUCUUCAUAACUUUCUUUCUAUGAACAUAUAUCCUACAGUCGAAUGGAAAAAGGCUCUAGUGAAGUUAUCAGAGUAUGGAAAUUAUCAGUCAUGUAAAAUUUUCAAUGUGGGCAAAGAUGAUGAUUCUAUGGAUUUAUUAAAAUAUGAUUGUAACUGGAAAGGAAUAGAAGGGAUUGAAAAGCCAUUCUUGUUAGAGAUCAGUUCUGAAUACAACAGUCAAUAUGCACACAAAAAGAUUUUGUUUAGUAUUCCUGAUUCUGUGUACUUUAGAAACACUGUGCCUCCUACCAAACGUCAAAUUUUUUCCUACAUAGACUUUACAAAUGCCAACAGAAUUAUUUUAAAGAUCCAACCAUUGCCGGAAAUUUAUAAAGUCAGCCACUACAAGGUGGAGGUGUUCAGGGAAAAAGAAAAACAUUCCCUCAUGCUGGAUGUGAGACUGUUAGCAGCCGAGCAAGGAAAGUCAAUUGAUUUUGAGUAUAUUACGUAUAGUGAAGAAGGUGACUACUAUUUUGCGGUUUCAGUAAUCGCAAAGAGUUGUCCAGAGGAUAUUUGUUUUAAAACUUUCACUCCCAAAGUACAUAUCGUUCGAAAAGGAAGACCUUUGGUGAUUGGUAUUGUAGGUGCUAGCUUUUUGAUUCCAUUUGUUUUAUUUUCUCUGUAUCUAUGGAAUCAUAAAUACCGCAAUCAGGGUGAAUUUCUAAACGAACCAAUCCAAAAAGUGAUAGUUCUCUUUAAGCCAUCUUUCGAAAAGCACAACGAAGUAGUCCAAGCGAUCAUCGAUUGCAUCGAAAGUUUUUCCGAACCAGAGACAAUCGUCGAUCGAAUUAAUCUAACUAAAGUAAAGGAAAAAAGCGUCGAGAAGUUUUGUAGCGAUAAUCUGAUACUAUCGACUCAUAUCGUCUAUGUGAAUCCCCCGUACACGGACGACGAUUCAUCUGGCUUGGACUACAUGACCUUCAACUUCAUUAAAGAAGAAACAAAGAAGAAUUCUAGUGAUAGGAAGCUGUUGGUCGUGCGCUUACCGUAUUCUAAGAAGGACGUCCCUUCUAUCCUAUCUAGAGCUGCUCAUUUCGAUCUAGUCCAUGACUUUCCAGCUUUUAUAAACAGCUUUUCUAGUAUCGAUGUACAAGCUGAUUAUUCUAAACUUCCAACGUAUAUGGAACUGUCUAAGAAAAUAGAGGUAGCUAACAUAGAGGCUGAUAAUAUAAACGUCGUGCCUGAAAUUGUUGUGACUGAAGACAUUGACGAGCCUAAGGAACUUGAUGGACUUAUACAAACAUAGUUUCCUACAUACACUUCUUAAAGUAAAGAAAGAUUACUACUUUCUGAGCAGCGAAUGAUUUUUUAGAGUUGCCACAUGUAUACAAAUAUUCUUGAGAGGUAAGUAUUUUGAAAAGUUUUGUGGAUUUACAGUCGAUCUUUUUAAUUUCACCCCCAGGAAGGGUUCAAGAUAUUUGACGAGUGUAAGGGGUGACAGUUGUUUACAGUUUCGGACAUUAGCCAAAUUUGCAUCUACUACUAUAGUUACUCUGGGUCUUGUACCUGAUAUCAAUCUUGGUAAAUUUUGUAUCAGCGUAGACAGGUAUUUAAAAAAAAAACAGUGUUUGGUUUAGCUUUAGUUAUCUUGACCAUAAAAACUUCGUUCAAAAUUACUUUUUUAUGGUCUGUGUUUGUUGUAAAAUGUUUGCCAAACUCUGCUUGUAGAACUUUUAGAUCAUAGAAACUGUCAAAGUGUUGUUUAUGAACUUUGUAAGGGUUUCCUUUCUUUUUAUCUCUAAUUGUGCACGAGUAUACAGAGAUGGAAUUAACUGCAUCAUCAUUGUGGAUUACAAUAUUUUCUUGAACACAAUGGGUGUUGGCAAAUGGUUCCUCCCGUGCCAUAUCAGAAUUAUCCGACGUUGUGCGGUCUAUUAUAGGAAUUGAUACAUAAGACUAUCUGUAGUUCAUCUAUAUGAACCACAGUAAGUAAACUCUCUUUUAGUAUAUUGUUUUGAAUUGCCUAUUCUUGAAAAAAAAAACAUUUGAAUGAACCCAUUUG